CUCCCGCACCCGGACAAGGUGGACAAAGGCGGCGAGGACGCGUGGUUCGCGAAGAUCGGCCCCGACGGCGGCGGCGCCAUGUACCUCGCCGACGGCGUCGGCGGGUUCAACGAGCAGGGCGUCGAUCCGGGGCUGUACGCGCGCAUCAUGCGCGAGGCGCAGGAGAACACGAAGCUCCCGGGCGCGAGCACGUGCGUCCUCGUCUCGUGCGACGGCACGAAGAUCCGCGCGGCGAACCUCGGCGACAGCGGCUUUCGCGUCAUCCGCGGCGGACGCGUCGUGCGCGCGUCGGACCCGCAGGAGCACUACUUCAACUGCCCGUACCAGCUCGCGUACGAGCCGCUGUCCGAGGACACGGACCUCGCGAGCGACGCGCUGACGUACGAGAUCGACGUCGUGCCGGGCGAUCUCGUCGUGCUGGGGUCGGACGGGUUAUUCGACAACGUCUUCGACGAAGAGAUCGCCGAGGUGGCGACGGCGGCGGCGUUCUCCGUCGCGGGCGCGGGCGCGCUGUCCGCCGCGCGCGCGUCCGCGGAGGCGCUCGCGCGGACCGCGCGAAAUCACGCGGAGGACCCGCUGUUUGAGUCGCCGUACGCGCUGGACGCG